ACGUUCUUAAUACUGGUGCUAAGAUGUUGCAUAGGCCUAACCCUGGUCCUGAGAUUCUGAAUGGGCUUAAUCCGGAUGCUGAGAUUCUCUCUGAGCCUCAUCCUGUUCCUGAGGUUUUGAAUGAACUUAAUCCUGAUGCCGAGACUUUCCCUGAGCCUCAUCCUGGUGUGGAGGAUUUCCAUGGAAUUAAUCCUGAUAUCGAGAGUCCUGAGCCUUAUCCUGGUAUGGAGAUUUUCGAUGAAAUUCACCCAGAAGCUGAUACUCAUCAUGAAUCCAGCCCCAGUCUUGAUAUCUAUCAUGAUGCUAAUCCUGAAGAUGAGAUUUUCAACAGACCUGGUCCUGAUCCUGAGUCUUACGAUAGUCUAAGUCAUGAACCCAGUCUCGUUGCUGACCCUUUCUUCAGACCAAAUCCUUAUUUUGCAGGAGUCAACAGACCUAUCCCUGAUUAUGAUACAUUCCCUGAAUCUAAUCCUGGCCCUGAAAUUUUCCAUGAGCCCAUUCCAGGUCCUGAAUCUUACUAUGAAACCAAUCCUGAACUCGAGAAUCCUGGUCUUGAGGUCUUCCAAGGACCAGAUCAAGGCCCUUACCCAGAACAGCCUGGAAUUGAAGAACCACACCAAAUGCCCAACUCAUUCCUUGAUCUUAGUUCCAGUCCCAUCUCCUAUCCUUUCCAUGACCCAGAGGCCAUUCCAGUACCUGAAGAAAUGCCUGGCCCUCUGCCGCAGAUGGUCUCCGAAAUUCUUCCAGUUCCUGAGCUAGCAGGUGAUGAAGAAGUGCUUCCAGUUUCUGAGAUAACAGGUGACCAAGAAGUAUUUCCAGUUCAUGAACUGACAGGUGGUGAAGAAAUGUAUCCAGUUGAUGAACUGACAGGUGGCCAAGAAAUGCUUCCGGUUCAUGAACUGACAGAUGACCAAGAAAUGCUUCCAGUUCAUGAACUGACAGGUGACCAACAAAUGCUUCCAGUUUCUGAGCUAACAGGUGACCAACAAAUAUUUCCAGUUCAUGAACUGACAGGUGACCAGGGACUGCUUCCAGUUACAGAUGAGCUAGCAGGUGACCAAGAACUUGUUCCUGUCAUUGAUCCUGUUGCCGUCCCUGUCCCACAGCUGGUUGAAGAUGUGGUCGAGCAGGAAGUUGAGGUACCAGAAUCCCUUGAUACUCAUAUGAAUCUGCCUGGUGAAAGCUACCCUAUCAUUAGGGCUUCCAUAUUCUCUUUGCCAGUCAAAACUUACAGAAUCGUGACCGAAGGACACAGGGGCCUGGAAGGAUUCGGAGGGACUCCGUUUUACCUUGAGAACGCCUCCCCUGUAGGACGCCCGUUUUUUGCAACCAGAGGAUAUAGCGGUCCCGUCAGUCUAGUCGUAUCUCCUUUUAGGUGGGCGAGCUUGAGCCCCGUUUUCUAUUAAAUCACGUGAUUUUAGUUAGAGAUUUAUUUUUGUCAUAAAUGGAUUUACGUGGCGCCAAAUCGUAGCUGUUUUGUUUUUUUAAAAAUGAAAUCCUAAAUUUGUUCUUAGAAUCUAUAUACUGUGAUUUCCUUAAAGGCAUGAUUACCAUAGAGGUCGU